UGAAGAGCGAUGGGCCAAUUGGAGGAGUUGUUGUUAGGCCGUCCCGGAGAACCGGUCGGGAGGGAGGAAGGUGGCAAGAUGGUGUUGGAAAGCACUAUGGUGUGUGUGGACAACAGUGAGUAUAUGCGGAAUGGAGACUUCCUACCUACCCGGCUGCAGGCCCAGCAGGACGCUGUCAACAUAGUUUGUCAUUCAAAGACUCGCAGCAACCCUGAGAACAACGUGGGCCUUAUCACACUGGCUAAUGACUGUGAAGUGCUGACCACACUCACCCCAGACACUGGCCGUAUCCUGUCCAAGCUGCACACUGUCCAACCCAAGGGCAAGAUCACCUUCUGCACUGGCAUCCGCGUGGCCCAUCUGGCUCUGAAGCACCGACAGGGCAAGAAUCACAAGAUGCGCAUCAUUGCCUUUGUGGGAAGCCCCGUGGAGGACAAUGAGAAGGAUCUGGUGAAACUGGCUAAACGCCUCAAGAAGGAGAAAGUAAAUGUUGACAUUAUCAAUUUUGGGGAAGAGGAGGUGAACACAGAAAAGCUGACAGCCUUUGUAAACACGUUGAAUGGCAAAGAUGGAACCGGUUCUCAUCUGGUGACAGUGCCUCCUGGGCCCAGCUUGGCUGAUGCUCUCAUCAGUUCUCCGAUUUUGGCUGGCGAAGGUGGUGCCAUGCUGGGUCUUGGUGCCAGUGACUUUGAAUUUGGAGUAGAUCCCAGUGCUGAUCCUGAGCUGGCCUUGGCCCUUCGUGUAUCUAUGGAAGAGCAGCGGCAGCGGCAGGAGGAGGAGGCCCGGCGGGCAGCUGCAGCUUCUGCUGCUGAGGCUGGGAUUGCUACAACUGGGACUGAAGGUGAAAGAGACUCAGAUGAUGCCCUGCUGAAGAUGACCAUCAGCCAGCAAGAGUUUGGCCGCACUGGGCUUCCUGACCUAAGCAGUAUGACUGAGGAAGAGCAGAUUGCUUAUGCCAUGCAGAUGUCCCUGCAGGGAGCAGAGUUUGGCCAGGCGGAAUCAGCAGACAUUGAUGCCAGCUCAGCCAUGGACACAUCUGAGCCAGCCAAGGAGGAGGAUGAUUACGACGUGAUGCAGGACCCCGAGUUCCUUCAGAGUGUCCUAGAGAACCUCCCAGGUGUGGAUCCCAACAAUGAAGCCAUUCGAAAUGCUAUGGGCUCCCUGGCCUCCCAGGCCACCAAGGACGGCAAGAAGGACAAGAAAGAGGAAGACAAGAAGUGAGACUGGAGGGAAAGGGUAGCUGAGCCUGCUCAGGGGACUGCAUGGGAAGCACGGAAUAUAGGGUUAGAUGUGUGUUAUCUGUAACCAUUACAGCCUAAAUAAAGCUUGGCAACUUUUUUUCCUUUCUUGCUUCAAA